GCAUUCACUCAACAACAGUGCCUUUUUUCAUUCAAAUUAACAUUUGCUAGACUUACAUGUACAUGUAUUUACUGGCUGUUUAAAAAUCAUACAUACUUGUGCAAGGCAAGUACUGAUUAUGUGAAGAAACAUUUCAGCUAAUAAUGCCUUACCAUCAGUUUUGCCUGCCACAUUUUUUUCAAACAUGUCAAAGUGUCAACAGAGGGCUCCCCUUAUUGUCCUGAAAAGAUAUCAGUAAACUGGAAGUUGUCACACGGUGUGUACAAGUUCAAAAAUCUGUGAAAUCAAUAUGUGCGUCUCCAGUGAGGGUGAUGAUUCAACACUGUCUGUGGGAUGUUGGCAAAUAUUGAUUGCCAGGAACAAUAUGCACGGAGCAAACAAGGUGCAACUCAGUUAAAUUAUAACCCACAAUCAGUAACAGGUGAACCGGUUAACUGGAGCGGUACACAGUCAAACAGGGAUACUGAGCAGCAUUGGAUGUGGAAGUUCCAAGAGGUCAAUAUGCAGUGAAGCAGUUCUUGGACUCUCGGGGUUUGUGUGGUUGACAAGGAAUCAAUUUAAAUUGAAGUUUACAUGCUUCAGCCAGUUGUCAAACAUGACGAGGACAGUUACUACCUGUUGUGGUGGCUAUACCAAAUACCACUUUGCCACGUUUAUCCUCACCUAUGCUUCGUAUUGUUUUUACAAUGCUGCUCGCAAGACAUUCAGUAAUGUUAAGACGUCGGUCCGACUGAGCUGGGCACCACCGGAUGAGAAUGAAACACUCCCUGAAGGCUACUCAGAUCACGUAAAGGCUGAUAACACUAACCCUUUUCUUGAAAGUGCUGACGAAGCUGAAGUAUUCUUUGGUAUUCUGGAUACGGUCUUCCUUGCUUCAUAUGCAAUUGGCCUUUACAUCAGUGGCGUGCUUGGAGAUAGGCUAGAUCUGAGGAAAGUUCUCGGAGGCGGAAUGUGUUUAUCUGCUCUGGCUAUUUUCAUGUUUGGUUCACUGAGUGAGUGGAUAAGUCUGUACAACAAGGCUUACUACAUCAUCUUCUGGAUACUCAAUGGUCUGCUUCAGGGUACCGGUUGGCCAGCAUUAAUUGCUAUUAUGGGAAACUGGUUCACAAAAUCCAGAGGGUUCGUGUUUGGUGUGUGGACAUCUUGCCAGUCCGUAGGCAACAUUCUAGGAUCAAUACUCGCAUCAUUGGUGCUGAAUCAAGGAUAUGCAUUUGCUUUCCUGACGACAGCAAGUAUCCUCUUUGUUUCCGGUAUUGUAAUGCUUCUUUUCGUAGUCCCAUCACCUAACGAAUUGAAUCUACCUGCUUCUCUUGAGGAAAUGGAUGAAACUGAAUUAAAGAAAGACUUCUUAUCCACAGAUUCAGAUGCCUCUGGUGAUGAUAAUGAUGAUGAUGAUGUGUGUAGCAAUGCCGGCAGUCCGAGACCCCAAGCCAUUGGGUUUGUCCAUGCCUUGCUGCUACCGGGUGUGGCCAUGUUUGCACUGUGCUAUGCCUGCCUGAAGCUUGUCAACUAUGCCUUUUUCUUCUGGCUUCCGUACUACCUGAGUAACACCUUCUUAUGGACUGAAGUGGUGUCAGACCAGAUGUCCAUGUUCUAUGACAUUGGAGGCAUUAUCGGAGGCAUUCUAGGAGGGUUCAUAUCUGAUCACCUGGGUGUGCGCUCGCCAAUUGUUGUGGCGAUGUUGGUCCUAUCCUAUGGAUUUCUGUUUGGAUAUAGCUUUUGUUCCAAUAGCUAUAUUUUGAAUGCCACAGUGCUGACACUAGCUGGAAUAUUUGUGAAUGGUGUCGCCCAUGUCAUCAGCUCCGUCAUAGCAGCUGACCUGGGCCAGCAGGAUGCCAUUAAGGGUUGCCGGGAGGCCCUCGCCACAGUAACGGGAAUCAUCGAUGGAACGGGCACAAUGGGUGCUGCCGUAGGCCAGGUCAUUGUGCCAGUUCUACAGAUGCAUUAUGGUUGGCCUUCGGUGUUCUACUUCUUGGCUGCAACUGCAAUUCUGGGAACGAUUUUCAUCCUGCCAGUAUUUGUGAGGGAAGUCAAGAUGUUGGACAGACAGUCUAAGUACCAUGCAAAGUAGUCUUACUCAAAUCAACAAAUUCUCAAAAGUACUACUCAGUAAAAUGUUUUGAGAGGCAAAGUAUAUUUUUAAGGUUAUAAACAAAAUAAGGAGUGUUACUUCUGCAUGAUGCCCUGUGGCAAAUAAAUGUGCAGGUGCAUUUACACUGAAAUGAAAUAUUAGGAAUUGUGUGUAGGGUGUUUGUGUGUGGUUGCCUCCCUUUUGCUCAUGUUUUCUUGUUUGAUCUCUGACUUUCCUUUAACUGAUUAUUGUUUGCCCAAUUUUUCUUGAUUAGCCUUUUGAAACUUUUCCAAGAGCUGCAUUUAUAGGGCCUGCUUGUUUGGGGUCACAGUUGUGUUUUUCCUACAAGUAGCUGCUAAAACUAUGGCUGGUCUCUGGUGCAAAAGUAUUCAAAAUAAUUCACAAAGUGUUAAAAAUUCCAAUUAGCUAGCAAAACACCAGAUAAUAUAGCACAUAUUACCAAACGCUCAACAAAAAUACAACCCUCUUUAAAAUGAAUGGGACAAAUGUCCAUUUUGAAUGAAAUUGAGGUAAAUUAAAAAACAACCAUGGGUGAUUUUUCUGUAAACUUUGGCUGCCCAUACAAGUUGUAGGCAAAAUGAAAGUGGUCUAUAUACCACAGAGUUUUUGACUCGAGUCACUUGACUUGAGUCGGACUGGAGUUGCUGUUUUUGGGACGUGUGACUUGACUUGUUACUAUCAGUUUUUGACUCGCAACUUGACUUAGACUUGCAAAAAUUGACUUGUU